AAGGCCACAGCAGGAGAUGGUUGUUUUAUGCCUGAUCCUUUCCAAUAUAUUUGUUAUGUUUUUACACUGCUCGUCACUUAUGUAUGCAAUCUGCCCGAGGCUAGCAUGAUCGCUGCAGUCAGUAAAAAUUCAUCCCCUCUGACUAUGGCAAUACAAGAGCAAUUUGGUGAUGGGAUUCUCCACCCAUACAUUACAACUCAUUCCAAAGCUGUCAAUCUGUCGGGAGUUCACAUGCCAUACUGGCGUGAUUGGCUGUUCACAUGUCUGUCUGUCUUCCUCGCUGGUGAAGUCCUGCAUACUGGCCAUAAAAUUUUCACCAACCAUCCGCUCAAAUGGAUCAAGGAGGCCAUAGGAACUUAUGAGCUCAAUACUCGCUUCAUAAUCCAGCAUAAAUGUUUCAGAAUGUGCCACUUCAUGAAAGGCAUCACGCAUGUGAAGCAAAUGACAGGCCACGAGCACAGAGACAUUCAAUGCGCUAUUGUUGCCUCAAUUGCAGGUGCUGCUUCACCCAGAUUUGUUCACGCAAUCUGUGUCCUCGUGGACUUCAUUUACCUCGCCCAGAAUCCAGUC